UUCUAUCUGUUGUUUUAUUUUGAACUUGUUUAUUGCGACGAUGGACGACAAAAAAGGAAAUUGCUCUGAAAGCAGUAGUGCCGUAGAUCCUUCAUCCGAAGAGACAGUCAGUGUCUUAAGUUUUGAGAACGAUGGUGUUCAAGCUCAUUCUUCUGAACUGGUAGUCAUGAGUUCAAAUUCUGAAAGCAUUAGUGCGGUAGAUUCUUCUACCGAAGUGGCAGUCAGUGUCUCAAGUUUUGAAAACUAUAGUGCUUCUUUUGAACUGGUAGAUAUGAGUUCAAAUUCUGGAUGCAAUAUCACUGGAGAUCCUUCUUCAGAAUUGAUAGUCAACAGUUCAAGAUCUGAAUGCGAAGCUGUUGAAAAUCCUGCUUUGGGAAUAGAACUUGAUAUCUUAAGUUUUGAAAUUGACUCCAAAGAAUGGAAUAAAAUUUUCGCAGAGGUAUUCGGCAUCGCAUAUUCUGUAUUUUCAACAAGAUCCGAUUCCGACUCUAUUGAUUCUGAUGAAACACUUUCAGCAGUAGAUGAUUGUUCUUUUGAUCUGAACUCUACUAUUCCUGAUGAAAACACUUUAAUUUCCAAGGAGGAAAAGGGGUCUGAAGUGGAAGUUGAUGCAAUGGAAAGACCUUCCAUAGAAUUCCGAGAUUGUUCUUUUGAUCUGAACUCUAUUAUUCCUGAUGAAAACACUUUAAUUUCCAAGGAGGAAAAGGGCUCUAAAGUGGAAGUAGAUGCAAUGGAAAGACCUUCCAUAGAAUUCCGAAUUCGAGGUAGCCUGGUAAUUCAGGCCGGGAUAUAUUUACAUGAUAAAGAAUCUAAUGUUGAUGAAAAUAAGGUGAAGAUUAUAAUUCCGUCAUUUACUUUAGGAGCAAGGAGUGAAGUUGCCGAAAGUAAUGAGGAUAGAGAUAGCGCUGACAUCGUAGACUACGCUCAAGAGAUUACAGAAGAACUGAUUGCAUCGUUGCUUAAACACUUUAAGAACAACCGGUAUGAUGCUGUUUCUGUAAACGGGACGGAUAAAGAGAUACUUACCAAUUGCUUACAUCUCUACGAAAAAGAUUACGAAUGCGAAAAAAUCUCUAACACUGGCGGAACCUUGUCUAAGUUUUAUCCAAGUGAAAUAAUUAUACCUAGAAAACAAAAGAAUGCCAACUAUGAAGAAUGCAUUAAAGAAUCAUGCGCUUCAAAUUUGAAGCCAGCGAAAUUCCGAAACCUGGCAUGUUCGUCUAGUCCUAGUAGAUGCAGAACACGGUUCCCUGUUCCUGUCAUGCUCUCGGAUGGAAAAUUCAUUUGCCGGGCUGCAACUUUAUCGGUCAGGAAAGGCGCUGUUUUGGAACAGCUGACGCAACCUAAGGAACGAAAAGCAGAAAUGGUUCAUGAUGGUACCACUCGGACCAAUGACACAAUCGACACCAUACCUGAUUCGAGAUCAAACGUGGUUUCUUCCCUCACCACCCUUGUUAAUCCGAACUCCAUGAACCAGUUGAAAGAGCAGGAUGUACGUCUCUUGGAAUAUUUGGGUGUUUCAGUAAUAUCUGAUCUCAUGGUAGAAGAUCGAAAGAUUCACACUGGCGUCACUGUCGGCUCUUCUGAGAAAGUUAAUAAGGACAUAUACGAAGAUUUUCAGAUACUACAAAUGCCUUAUCCUGGUUGCGAGUUCUUUAGAAAAUAUAAUGAAGCAAAUAGAGACCCUACCGGACUGAAAUUCGACUGGGAUCAGAGAGAUGUAACUACCGAAUUUAAAUUGCCUGAAGGCUUCAGUCUGAGCCCUCCAGCUACAGAUUUCACAGAUUAUAAGGAGUGGGAUAUCGUUACGUUAACAAAAGAAUACCUUUUACUUCAACUGAGAGUAAUUAUUACCUCUGGUAAUAAUUGUGGAUUUCUUGUGCACUGCGUCUGCGGAUGGGAUCGCACCCCAUUGUUCAUAACCCUUCUGCGCUUGUCACUCUGGGCAGAUGGCUUGAUCCACCAGACACUGACUCCUGUUGAAAUGGCAUAUCUCGCCAUUGGAUACGAUUGGUACCUCUUCGGGCACGACUUGCCUACACGUCUUCGGGAUAAGGAAGAGGUCAUGCAUUUCUGUUUUAACUUCAUUUCCGAGAUUGCUUCAGAUGACUUUUCAAUGACCAGAGAAUGGCACAAGCACAAACGAUCUGAAGACUCGAAGGACAACCGAAGAGUUCCACCUUUCAAUCCUUGUGAACGCGAGGCGAAACUUCUACAGGUGCAAAAAAUAUUACUGGAUUUGUACAAAAAGGAAAUAGAUGCCUAGCUCAAGUCUGAUUCCAGGUUCUGUGCCACGAAUUAACUGACGUAUAUUCAAACAAAUGAGAACUUCAAAAUGUAUUUUUGUACUUUAAUUUCUCACUUCAUAUAUUAAUUUUAUUUAAUUUACUUUUAUUUUAUGACGUAAUGUUAUUGGAGUUUUUAUACUGAAAUGUCUUAAACUUUUAAUGCUCAAUAUGAAUACGAUGUAUGUCAUUGUCAUGAAUUUUUAUGCUAUGUAACGAGUUUUAAAACAAUAAAACGCCUGGAAUUUUAA